AUGUUGAAGCAAUUCUUAGAGGGCGGCCAAGCGCGAAUCAAACAGACCUUGCAAAGGGGCUACGCGCCGGCCCACUUUACACACAACCUGGAGCUGAUCCUGGUCGAGGACAGCCGGUCGUCGACGUCGCUGUCGAUGCGCAGUAAGCUCGCUAGCACACGCGACAGGAUAGCAAGGCUUCGCACCCUCGACCCGGUGACCCUAAUAUGGUGGGCCGUAGCGUUCCCUAUGCGUCAGUGGUCAGGGGGCCGCAAGAUGAGCAGCUGUACCUUUGCCGCGCUGGUCUGGCGAGCCCCGGACUUUGCCACCGAGAUGAAGCCUCUGCUCGGUGCCGUCAUGGACGACCUCAAAAUGCUUGCUGAAGUCCACAGAAAGUCCCGCGCGGUCCAAGAUCUGCUCUUGGCCGUCGCCAUGGAUCCCGCUCCAGGCUCGCGUUCCAUCACACAGAAAACAGACGCCCAGUUGCUCCAGAAUGAAUAUGUUGCCUUGACCGGGGCACAACCACAAUUCCCCGCGGUACUGCCGCACGUGCUGCGCCAGGGAAUAGAAGCUUCACAGAAAUACCAACAAGAGAGGGACAAAGGGCUGCCGCUCUCAACUGCAAUCAAAGUUUUCAUUCCCACGGUCCCGAUGGGAAAGGACGCAUACUUGAUGCUAUCCAUAGGAUCCACCGAAGUUUGGGGACUUUUACACGAGCUUGGCAUCAUAGAUCAAACUGUCAGGGAGCCUAGGGCGGGGGACACCAACGACGAGCUAUUGGAUCAAAUAGAACUUUUCCAGCAUUAA